AUGUUGCUGGGGUGUCCUUGGGAGCGCCCGCUGCUGCACUUGAUGUCGCUGUCUGCGAAAAGUGCUGCUGCUCUUUCUGCCGCAGUGCAGCGGGUGCUGCGGGCCGCAGACGCUCCGCAGCAGCAGCAGCAGCAGCAGCAACAGCAGCAGCAGCAGCAGCAGGGGGAGGAGGGGGACGGCUGGCGCGCGGAGCUGCUGUACUUCUUCUGGGGCGUGGGCCAGCUGGUGGACUUGUCUUUUUACUUCUUCAGUUUGCUGCAGCAAAGCGGCAGCAGCACGCUGCUGCAGCGCCUCAACUUUGCUGCUGCUCCUGCCCCCAAACAAGGAGACAUGGAAACGGGGCCCCUUGCUGCUGCUGCUCUCGUCUACGCCGCCCUCAUUUCCUUCUUAGGAGAGCCCAUGGGGGCCCCCAGGGGGCCCCCCCUGGGGGCCCCUUGGGGGGCCCCUAGCGUUGGAGGGGGGCCCCCAGGGGGCCCCCCGGGGGGCCCCCCUGGGGGGCCCCCUCGGGGGCCCCCUAGAGGGCUGUGGGGCUCUGCCCGUUGCUGCUCCUGUGAGUUUGUCGGAAAGAGCUCUUUGGUGUUUAAGAGCUGCUUGCAUAUUCAUGCAGCAUGCUGA